AGCCUUCUCCAGCUUCAGUAGUCGAGUGCUGUGCGGCGAGAAGACAUCCAUCAACAAGAAUAGCAAAAAUAAGAGAGAGAAGGGGGUAAAAGACCUACACAAUAAGAUAACAACGAUAAGCGCCGUCCGGACAACCAGGCAGGGGAACCACCUGACGAACCCACGAUCUCCAUACCCUCCAGAGGACCUUCUGGAAGCACUCGCACGUCCUCCUCCGUCAGGAUGGGAGCCGAAGCAGACCCCAACGCCAAGAAGGAGACGCCCCAGGAUCCCAAGAAGGGGUCGUUCGUCUCCAAGAAGCUCGUGAGGAUCGUGACGGUGAUAGCCUACGUCUCCGCAGUCUCCGGGGCAGGAUUCUUGCUCUCGGUCUACUACAUAUUCCUGUGGGACCCUCAGAUCAAGGGCGUGCGGCCCCCGGGCUACCUGCAGAGCGGAGAGAUGAUCGGCAUGCCCCAGGCGAGAGUGGCGUCCGUCCCCGAAGCCUUGAAGGGAGGCGUGCCCAUCCCGUACCCGCACAAGAUGUCUAAGGAGUUCAUGGAUGCCUACUACAGGAACGCCACCGAGGAGAGAGGUGGGUAAAGGAGGCAAGGGCGGGUGACU